GAUGGCCCAGGUUAAGUCACCAGUGGAUGGUGUCAAGAGUCAGCAGCAGCGUGCAGAGAUGUACUCUGAUAUUACCAUCGUCAGCUCCAGCGCAGAUGUGGGCAGCCCAGCCAGAAAAGGCCCAUUUGACAGUAUGGCCCUAGGGCUCAGCAGACGUGGGAGAGCCUACCCAUCCCCAGCGCGCAGGCGCCAUCGCACCACCUUCAGUCGCAAGCAGCUGGACCAGCUGGAGAUGGCGUUUGGACAGAACCACUACCCCGACAUCUACUGCCGUGAGGAACUAGCGCGGCUCACUAAACUCAAUGAGGCACGCAUACAGGUAUGGUUCCAAAAUCGCCGUGCCAAAUACCGCAGGCAGGAGCGUGCGUCUCAGAAGCUCUUGCCAAUGGCCAUGAUGCCAGGGCACGGGGCACUGUUGGGCAGCAUGUGUGUUCAGUCCACAGGGUUGACCCGUCAGUACUACCCUCACUCCCUGGCUCACCAUAUCCCCCGGUUCCCCUCUAUGCUGCCCUCAGGUGGUUACUCCCACCACCCAGGCUCAGCCAGCCAGUGUUCCUGCCCCACAGUGCCACCAGAGCCACAACCCCCCCGCCAGCACGAGGAGUGGUACAGCCCACUACGGAACAUUGGAGCCCCACCCAGCAACCUGGCCACGCCUGUGUUCUCCCUGACCUCCAUGCCUGCUCUAGACCCUGGCUCUCACUGGAACUAAAGAAAGAGUAACUUCUACAUUGGGAAGUAGACAAGCUCUUAUAGGCUGUGUCUCGAAGAACUAACAGUUAUUCAUUGCACCUUAGAUUAGAUUACAAAAUACAGUUGUUUGUAUCUAUGCAGUGAUAGCUAGUAACUAAAGAACAGGAAGAAUUUAGAGAAUAGUGAGAAUGACUUAACUCCUUCUCCCAUUGAAUACCUGACAUUGCAUGUUUUCUGUGACUAGCAGAUUAAAGUUCAGGGUAGCCUAACUGAGAGAAAGACAUCUGUGGGUAAUCUUGAAUUAUCCAUACGGAUUGUCUGAAAUAUAUACUAUACAUCUUUCUCCUAACAAUGCCUUUUGUAUUUUCACAGUAAAUAAAGUAGUGUGUAUUGGGA